GCGUGUGUGUGUCUUUUUUACCCUGGUAACUUUUGCGAAACGUGAGUACUGCGUGUACGGGGUAAAGUGGAGAUGGCUGUGCAAGAUUUAAAAAAGCUUUUUUUUCUCUUCGCCCUUGUUGUCGUCAUGUAUUUGGGUUAUUGCUUUCUCAUCUCAGACUACACAAUGAAUAUAAUGAGGAAUUAUCCACGACGUUCGACAGAAUUCCUUAGGAUACGCGAGAUCCUGAGCUUAGAGAAAGCAGAGGAUGAGUGUGUACUAUCGGGACAUCUCACACGCCAACAGGUACGAGGUAAGCUAACCUUGCAUCGCUGGUAUGAAAGCUGCGCGUGCGGGAUCAGCAUCGAUACUGGAAUGCGUGUUUACGCGAGAUUUCCUAGAGAGCCCGAGGUCGAGACAACAAUAAGUAGUACAGAGUUUGUAGAGAAUGUGGAUCGGUACAGCAAUAGGAUAUUCGGUUAUAUCACGCCGAAGACAUCUGGUAGCUACAUAUUCGCCCUCAGCUCAGAUGAUUUCUCUGAGUUUUGGCUGAGCUCUGAUUCUAGCCCCAAAAACGUAAAACUCACGGCACAUGUGGGAAAGAUCGGAGAUCACCAAGGGCCAGCUUCUACAUACAGAGUGUUCACAAGCCAAAGUGGACAGAUCUCUCAGCCAGUCAAUUUAACAGCGGGCUCCGUAUACUACAUGGAGGCUCUUCACCGACAGCACGAAAAACAAGGACACUUCACGCUAGCGUGGUCGAUAUCAGAAAAAAACCGAAGUGAUUUCGCACUUGUUGAUCCUGAAGUCUUAUCGCCUUACUUUGAUGGAAUCGAAGAAAGUGAAGAACUGUCUCGAGUUCGUCGGGAAUGCAUCAUGUCUGAUCACCGACCGCUGGAGUUUCAUAAGGUACCAAGGGUGUCUGCUAGAGAGCUAAAGGAUGAGCGUGACGAUUACUGUUAUAAAGUACCCAAGCUCAAUCAUAGCGACGUGGCAGACAUUUUGCCUUACUGUUACUACAUGGCAUCUUACGUGCCACAGAGAAAAGUUAGCGAUUUCUGGUGUUAUAUCUUUGGACUGGCCAAGCCUACAGACGUCUUCCCAAAUGAUAAGACAGGUCUUCUUGAUAGACCUGGUAAUAAGCUCAUAUCACAGAAGGAAGUGAAUCAAGUAGUAAAUGAGUAUUUGGCGAAACUCUCAUCAAGAAAAAGGGAUGCCUUUAGACUCAAGAAGAUCGUUAACGUAGAGAAAAAGGUGGAUAUCAAAAAAGGUUUCCGCUAUCUUCUAGAGCUGGAGCUGGCUGAACAACAAUCAGGUAGAACCGUCCGCCUGUCCGAAUUCGUGUACAAGUACAAUGAGAAAUACAUUAGCGAAAAUCCCAACACAACCAGAUCGCUCUGCUAUCCCGAGGGAUUCCAGUGGUCCCAAAGUCCCACGGUGUACCUCAUUUUGCCGGUACAAAACUACGGCUUCUGGAUCAAGUACCUCGUUGAUCGGCUUUCCCAUAUCUAUACCCAUACCCCUGAAAAGAACUUUCACCUUGUGAUGGUUGACUUCAACACAACGGAUAUUGACAUCGAUGCGUAUCUACAGAAGUCAGCCUUGAAUAGAAGCUACACUUUGGUGAGGAUGAAGGGCCAUUUCUUUAAGACUCUUGCUAUUAACACUGGUGUUGCAACAGUCAAGGAUAACAAUAGCAUUAUUUUUCUUAUGGACCUACACAUCACGGUGCCAUCGUGUUUCUUUGACACAAUAAGGAAGCACGUGGUUAAAGGGAAGGCAGGGUUCUUCCCGUCAGUGUUACGACUGCACUGCGGAGGCUCAGAUCUCUACCCACGAGGUUUCUGGGAACAUCAGGGUUACGGCUUGUUCGGGUGUUAUAAAGAGGACUGGGAACGAUUUGGAGGAGAAGACGUGGAGAAGUUCCGACACAACUGGGGUGGAGAAGACUGGGAUCUACUAGACAGAGUGUGUGGCGCACAACUGGAACCGGAGCGAAUGGAUUCGCCCAAGCUCUAUCACUUUCCCCAUGUCAGGAGGGGAAGUUUCUAUGUGGGGGAACAGAAAAAGAAGACAAGUUGACAUGAUAAAGAACUAAAAGCGAAUUCUUGGAUUGUUGAUGGGAUUACUCUCUAAGACGGAGAAAGGUGGUCGAACAAGAUACAAGAGUAUUAAUGUUUUCAAAUCCACGAGGAAAUCUACCGAUGAUUCAAAUGAUACGGAUUAUAUUUUAUAGUUUAUUAGUAUUAACAACCAAGAAAACAUGAAAAAGUCAUUAUCACUGCGAUGGUUCGCUUAAACAAGGACCCGCGUUAUAAAAGGCGCGGACCUAGUCCAAGUCGUCAUUUUCGCUAGUCCAUGUCAAGUGCAGAGCUUCGUAAAUAUCGAAAAAGCAGAGUAGUAAAGAUUAACUUUGAUAAUUUCGAAGUUGAAAAUAAUGUUCUGUUACACAAGACAAUAACGGCGAGCUUCUUGUGAGCAGUUUUCUUCGGCAACUUCGACAAAAAUUGUGAUUGAAAAUUUAUUUAAAAUACAGAAAUGACGCUAUUCUUCAGCGCGCGCGUGAAAAUAACGAAACCUGAAAACUUAUUUCCUUCAAACUCGCUCCAUUCUUUAUUUCUUAUUUGUGCAGUCACCAGAUAAGAUUGAAACAUAGUUCUCUAUGCACGAUUUAUGUUUAAGACGUUAUUUCGAACUUGAUUAUAUCUCUUUUGCUUCUUUUUGUGGAGCUCUGCUCUCGACAAAGUCUAGUGGGAAUGACGACUUGGACCAGACGCGCGCGAGGUAAUUUACAUAAGUCAUACCUUUUUAUUAACCCAUUGACACCUCAAACGGCCUGUAAUGGCCUUGGGAACAAUCCACAAUCCCAAAAUUCAUAAAUGCAAAAUAAACAUAAUGAGAUGAGGAUACUCAGGCAUCAGUCUAAGGUAUAAGUUGUCUUGAAGAUAUGCAUCCAACCAAGAUGAUAGCAACUACUCUUCAGGCUCAGGUUUUUUGACAAAUUUCUAAUCGAACAAAGAAAAAAAAACAAAAUCAUCCCUAUCAGCAAAACGCCCAAAAUGCCACACAGGGAUCAGCAAGCACAGCUCAAUACACAAAUAGAUACCUUUAUUCUGAUCCUCCAGGUACAUUUCAGAUGCCUUAAAACACAAUGUCCACUCCUUGAAGGCUUCUGAAACCGAUCCUCCGAUCUUGCUAGACGUGGUCUCCUUAAUUCUUCUCGAAGGUGAAAUUUAUUUUGGGGGUCGGCUGGGUAUUUGUUUUGACGUGAAUGCUAACAUUAAUAAAUACAUACUUGACUGGCUGA